UUGCCCCGGAAGCGUUCAUUAUCCCGGAAGUUAACCCCAGGUCCCACCGACUGCAAGCAGCGAUGGCGGGGGACACCGCAACGGAGCUUCUCUUUCUAGAUACGUUCAAGCAUCAGAGUGCAGAGUUAACCAAUGUGGAUGUGGUGCGGUUUCCUUGCGGGGUGUUGGUAACGGAGGUCCGGGUCAUUCCUCCGGGAAUCAAAGCCCACAGCAACUUACCUGACAGCAGGGCAUUUGGAGAGACCUCUCCUCAUGCCUUCCAGCUGGAGCUAUUUUUCAAUAAUGUCACUAAACCCAACAGCCCCACCUUUCACAGACUUGGCAGUCUUGAGUAUGACGAGAACAAGUCUAUUGUGUUCAGACCCAGUGGAAAGGUCAACACGGAUGGCCUGGUGCUGCGGGGCUGGUACACCAGUCUCACUGUGGCAGUAUACGGCACAGCAGAGCGCUCACAUGGACAUAGCCAAGACUCGCCUCCUCCACCACCACCUCCACCCCCUCAGCAGCCUAGUGGUCUAAAGAGAAUGGUUAAACAAGAAUGGGAAAAGGAUGACCAGUACAAUGGCAGCCCGCCUAGACCAGCACCCAGAGGGCCUCGCACUCCACCUGGUCCCCCACCACCAGAUGAUGAUGAUGAGGAGCAGGUCAAUGUGAUAGCGGGCGCCAUCAAAGAUGAACCAUGUGAAGGCCGUGAUGAUUACCUGGAGCCCGUAUCACCUGAAAGAUCACUGCCUGCUGACGAGGCAUAUUCAGAUGCUGACCAAGAGGAAGAAGGGGAUGAAGAAGAGGAGGAGGAGCAGGAGGAGGAAGAAGAUGCCCACACAGAAGGGAGCGCUCCAGAGGAGGAGGAGGAGGAAGAGGAGGAAGAAGAUGAGGGUGAGGACGAGGAAGAGGAGAUGGAGGAAGGAGAUGACGGCUAUGAGCAGAUUUCCAGUGAUGAGGACGACCUGGAUAAUGGUAGCUUCAAACUGCCCACCUUUGACAUGGACUACACUCCGGAGGAUCUUGCAUCUGUCCCACCUGUCCAGUACGACCCUUAUGAGCGAGAACUCAGGCCCCUACUAUAUUUUACCCCUCCAUACAAGACGCGCUUUGACACCCAGUUUGAGAAGGCCACUGUGGAUGAGCCCAGAGACGCUGGGGGCACAGAGGUACCCAGUCUUGGAGAGGAGGCUGAAGCUGUUUCACAGCUGAAAGAGCUGCUCAGUAGUAUUGGUGAUGACAGGGAUGCCCGCUGGGUCACCGCCCUAGAAGAAGCACCUGGACUUCUGGCCAAAGGGUUGGCUUAUUUAAUUAAACGAGGAGAGGGGGAGAGCGAAGAUCCUGUUGGAGUUUUAGUUCACUGGGCUGUGCAAGCUAUGAGUAUGGAGAUUGCUCUCACACAACCCAUUGCUCUUAACCUCAGACAACUGAAAGCUGGUGCUAAGCUAGCAUCGCACCUGGCAGAGUGUCCACAGGGGCUCACAGCUCUGCUGCGUGAGGGGGCUCUGACUGUGCUUUUGGAGCUGCUCCACACAGACCAUGUAUCCUCCACACUUAAGCUGAGUAUCUUGAGAGCUGUGGAUGCUCUGACCUGUGCUCCUGCAGGUGUGGAGGCUUUCUUACAUGCUGGAGAAUCAGAGAAGAGUGGCUAUCAGCGUCUAGUCCAGCUUUUUCUUCGUGAAGAAACGGUUAGAGUCAUAACAGCUGGCAAUGCCAUACUGCAGAAAAGCCACAUGUAUGAAGUUCUGAUGGACCUGCAACGCACAGCAUCAACAUGGAGUGAACCACAGCAGGAGGAGCUGGAAGAAGCUGAGAGCCCUAUGGAGGAGGAACCAUCACUAAGUGCCCCUCCUGUGAGCGAAGUGGAGCUUGAUAGGUUGGCAGGGGUUUUGGAGGAGUUGCAUCACCUGCUAGAGACGGCCUCUAACUGCAUGGUGCAGCCACCUGGAAAGGCCUUCCCCACUACCACCAGAAUAACAGGACCACAAGAGAGGGACGAUCCCUAUCCAACAUUGUAUAGGUAUAUGCAUGCGUGCCAUUUCCUGGAAAGCAUGUCAGUGGUGUUGUCAGCAGCCGCAGUGGCUGGACACUUAGGUGUCACCCAAGCAGUUAGAGACAUCCUCCGCUUCCUGUCAGUCACUCAGUCGGGUCUGCUCUUCCUCCUGGCCCAGCCCACACCCACCAACCUGCUGCUGCGUCUGCUGGCAUCAAUGGCAGAGACAGAGGGCGAUGAGAGCACGUUUACAGGCGGAGAGGGAGCUCCCGCGGGCCCGGCGUUUGGUGAAGAGGGCUUCGCUGUGUGGCUUUUGCAGGCGCUGCACGCUCUGCAGGGGGUCUCCGAGCUUAUGAGCUAUGUGGCCACAGGAGGAGAUGGAGGAGCUGGGCUGGAGGAAGGUGACAACCCAGAAGUACUAGCCAUGCUCCAUGCACUCUACCUGAUGACCUUCACACAGACUGGUCGCAGUGCUGUGGCCCACAUUUUUAACCUGGAGAACAAUCUGUCCUGCCUGGUUACGCUGCUCCAACACCACAGCAAGGAUGGACAGGGUGAGGCGAAGGCUCGGAAAGCAGUGACAUAUAAUUAUGCCUGUAUGCUAGUGUUACUGGUCAUACAGAGCUCCAAUGAACUGCGGAUGAUGGAGCAACAUGCGGCUCCACUAAUUGCUUUAGCUAAGGUUGAUGACACCAAUGCAAAGUUACAAGAGCUCAGUAAAUGGCUGGAGCCUCUGGAUAAACUUCGGUUUGAGAUUGGCAGCAUUCCCACCCUCAUAGACUACAUCAAGCAGAAUGUAGAGAAUGUGUUGACGGCUGAGGGAAUGGGACUUGUCACUGCUCUGAGGGUUCUCUGUCACAUUGCCUGUCCUCCACCUGCUACAGAAGGUCAGCAGAAGGAUCUGAAGUGGAAUCUGGCUGGAGUUCAGCUGUUCUCAGGCGAGGGUUUAGAUACGUGUGUGCGUGUUCUACAGAAGCUGUGCAGUGUGUUGCUGCAGCCAUGGCGCCUGCACGGACACAUGGGCCCCACUCCGCAGCGCUGCAUGAUCCUCAGCAUAUGUAUCAGCACACUCAGGCUGCUGCGCACCAUGCUGACGGAGCUUCUCCGUGGGGGAGCUUUCCAGUUCAGGGACACUCGCGUGGCCAGCGUGCUGGUGACACUGCAUAUGAUCGUGUGCUCCAUGCCUGCAUCUGGACGUCUGGACGGAGAGGAGACCAGAGUGCAGGCGCUUAUUGUUGAUGUUCUGCUCACCUUCACACAGGGUGUCAAUGAAGAGGUGACUCACACAGAAGAGUCUCUGGCCAGUAACACGUGGUCUCUGAUGCUAAAGGAAGUUUUGGGCUCACUGCUAAAAGCUCCCGAAGGUUUGUUUUCUGGCCUGACGCUGCUGUCUGAGCUGCUGCCUCUUCCUCUGCCAAUGCAGAGCACUCAGGUGAUAUCAGUUAAAGAUGUAGCUGUAGCCUUAAACACGCGGAAGCUGUGGAGCAUGCACAUACGGGCACAGUGGAAGGUGUUCUCUGAGGCAUUGAGGUGUGUGUGCGCCACUAGCUGCCCUCCACUCCUGGCCAUGCUGAGGAGAGUGUGCGUCCAGUUGGCAGACCUGUCUUCACCAACAGCCACGCUCAUCAUGAAGACCCCGGUGGAGCUGCUGCUGGAGGAGCUGCAGCCAGCGGAGGGGAAAGGUGUAUGCUGGGGCCAGGUCCUGCGUCUCCUCUCCUUAAUGGACGCUCUGGUAUCACAGAGAGCCUGUAAGAGCGCAACGUUACACCUGCUUUCUGGAUCUGUGUCUGGAGAUGAGCAACUGGCCGAUCUGUUCCCGCUGCUUCUGUCUCUGCUCGUCCCUCCAACUGAUCACUCCCUGCAACAGCAGCAGUGUAGUGAACUGGUGGGAACAACAUUACAGUCACUGUGUGACCAGGACAUUUCUCUGGUUGUGUCUCCACCUGGUGAGACCUGCGUGUCGGAGGCUGAGCAGCUGGCCAAUGCACUACCAGGGCGCGAGAUUAUGUCAUCUGUUUGCAACGCCAUGUUGGACGUUCUGGAGAAUGCCGAGAGCAGUGUCCCACUCCUUGUCACCUGUAUCAGGACUUUGACAUUCCUAACAGAGCACGACUAUGGACUCUACCACCUCAAAGUCUCUCUAAAGAAACAUACUGGGAGUCUGUAUUCACUGUUAAAGAGGCUGGUAGUCUCAUUCAACAAGGACUCUGCAGAUCUGCUCUCAGCUCUACUUGACUUCCUCAGGCAGAUUCUUAACACAGAAACAAUGUGUGUUGAGGAGGCCCAGGGGUCUGUUGAAGAAUCUGCGUUCCCUACCCCUCCACGGUUGCUGACAGGGUCUGAGAUGAAAAUUCUGCUGCAGUGGGACAAGUCCGAAACUCAUCCGCUUUCUGCUUUAGAGAAACAGAUCACGAAACUGUGCAAGGAAGAUGAGUCACUGGAGACCAUGUUGGAGAAUGUGAUUGUCCUAAAGCAGACUUUAGAGUCUGCUACAGACAUGGCUCCUGCGACGGAAACUGAGCCCACUCUGCCAGCACCUGAGACACUUGGGGCCCAGUUUAACCACAGGACGGUGUUUAUUCUGUCAGAAGCUUUGGACGAGCAGCUGAAGGUUCUAUGGUUCUCUCCCUUCCAAACGGAUGACAUAGAAACAGACCUUGAUAUGGUCAAAGUGGAUCUGGUUGGGCUGGCUCAGGAGUGUUGCCGGGAACUGGACCUGAAGGCAGAGCUGGAGCGCUCCUUCAUGUCUGAGCCCUCGUCCCCUGGUCACACCAAAGCGCCUAAAGGCUUCCGACUUGGCAAGCACAAGCAUGAGACAUUCAUUACAUCAAGUGGUAAAUCAGACUAUGUGGAGCCUGCUAAAAGAGCCCACAUCAUGGCUGCUCCUCGUGGCCGUGGGGGUCGAGGUGGAUUCGGACAGAAUGUCUCACGGCCCCACGAUAUCUUCCGCCAGCGCAAACAGAACACUUCCCGUCCUCCCAGCAUGCACGUGGACGACUUUGUUGCAGCAGAGUUUAAAGACAUUACAACCCCCCUUGGCCUUUUACCUCCUAAACGGCCCCCUAAGAGCUCCCCCAAACCCCCCACCAGAGGACUGUUCACUGGCAACAGGGGCAGAGCCACCUUUCACAGCCAGACCCGCUUUUUCACUCCACCACAACCUAAGGGGGUGCUGUUGUCUGGUAACUACACUCGUAGAGAAGGAGGGAGAGGUUCAUCGUGGACCGGCCAAGUCCCAGCUGUCACUCACAGAGGUACCUACAGUGAACCUCGUGGAGGGCAGAGUAACUUCACACGUGGCCCGCUGCCCUCCAGACAACCCCCAGCAAGUGCAUAUCGUUUGGCUCCACGGGACCGGGCUCCAAGGGGCAGAGGAGGCACCGGGCUGUCGUGGCUUAGUGGGCUCGGAGGUGGCGGCAGUGUCGGAGGAGGGGGUGGUGGAGGGGCGGCGGAAGAGGAUCUCAGGGGAGCAAGUUUGGUGGCGGAGGGAGCGGAGGUGGGAGGGGCAGACACGUUCGCUCCUUCACCCGGUAGAGUCACCUGUGCAAUGGCCGCAGCCUCUCAUGGCAGCAAAUGGACCAAUCAGAAUAUUAUGUGAACCUACUCCAUGAUGGUGGGAUUAUGUAACAAUGAGACAGACUUGCUGUUGUUUUAUGUUUUGUUAUAAGGACUUGUAUUUGGAGAAUAAAGGUGUAGUCACUGAUCUGUUCCAUGUGUUUUUAAGGACACGCCAAAUAAAUGAUGUGUGCAUUA